CCGCCUACAAAUGCAGCCGGGCCCCGGCGGGAGCGGGGGCAUUGGUUGCUGCUGCUGCUGCUGCUGCUGCUGCAGGAGAAGGAGGGAGGCGGCCGGCGUUGCUCGGCCCCGGGCAGCACGAUGGGCGUGCGGCGCUGGCUGCUGGCGCUGCUGCUGCUCUGGCUGGCUCUCAGCCCCGGCUCCGGAGGGCCUUUGACUGAAACAUCCGAUGAUGGGAAGGAGCCCAGGGAAGGGCACAUCCGGAACCUGGUGCAUCCCAAAGGAGUCCGGAGCGCUGUGGGACACCGGCCGAAUGGCUGGCGGAAAUAUCGGCGUCCUCGCCCCCGCCUCUCCCACAAGGGACCCAUGCCUUUCUAGCGCAGGGUCAAGGCCCUCCCUGGGAAGCCCACCCCCCUUCCGUGACCUCUCUGCUUGAUAAACCAUCUGCUUGUUCAAGGCUUCCCCCCCCCCAAUGGUAGAAUGUGGCCCCCUCCUGUCUGCGCUGCUGCCGUGGCCAGCACUGAGUAUAAGGAGUGUGUGUGCAGCAUCGUCCUCCCCUAUUUCUGUUUUUCCUACUCAGGCUGGUCUCUGUUGGCAGAACCUCGCUCAGUCCCUCUCUCUCUCUCUCUGCCUUGCCAAGUUGCCUUCUGCAGAACCUGAGAAAUAGAGGAUUCUGGGGUUACCAGGGGAGGGGAAGGAAACGGGUAGCGAUGGAGCUGGAAGGGCGCUCUCCUCUUUGUUUUGCAUCCAGGGGCUGACUGGCCCUUUAACUGCCUGGGAAAGUGUCCCAGGGGCCAUUGCCUUAGAGGGCCCCCUAGUGGCCAGGAGCGAGAUGAGCCAAGCGCCCCCUACAGGGCUGGCUCAGAUGGAGCCGUGGCAACAGUGAGAAUAAAUGUAGGCAGUGCCGAGCCCACGAGAUGGCCGUUGUCCUCCCAGGCCGGCUCUGAGCCACGCGGCCCCUUCAGCACUGCCAGCACAGCAAGGGUCACUGGACUCGGCUUGUAUCGGGGCCGCCUUAAUGUCCCUGCUCCUUGUUUAUAUCCCUCAUGGGAGAAGGUGCACAAUGCAUCAUUGUUCUGAAGGAUGCUCCAAGGUGUGGUUUGUGGUGAAACCACUCUGUGGGGGGUGGGGAGCUGUGGUCCUUCUCGGUCCCGUCCCCCGUCCCCCCCACCAACUGCCAAGUCACCGCUGUGGCUGAGGAGGCAGCUGGGACAAGGCCUUUGGGCCUUACAAGAAGCACUUUGUCAGAUGGAGAGUCUCCUCCCAGGUCUCUCUGGGAUCCCAUUUUGCGUCCGUCCCCUCCACUGUGCUUUCUCAAUAGGGCAGCGGCCCUCUUUUUUCAAAGAAAAUCCUGGUCAGGCUCUGAUGCUUUUAACAGCUCCGCGAUAUGCAGAAAUGCAGCAGUUAAAACUUUCCCCUGAGAGGCAGCUCCCUGACAAGAAAAAGCUGCACAUACCGAUUUCCAGGGCCGAGGAGUCCUCUUCUGGGAGCUCGCUUCAGGGUCUGCCUUUGGUUCAACCUCAUUCAUGAUUCUUGGCCUUUCUUGGUGCAAAAUGCAGAUUAAAAAAAAAACAAAUGGCAGGCACAGCCUUGCAGGUAACUAUGGGUGGAUUUGAAAACCUUCCCCGCUGUCUCUCUGCCUUGCCCAAAAGCCAGUUUUGACCAACCUGGGCAGGUGCUUGUCUGUUCCAUGUUGCCCUUCCCGCACUUCAGCAGUCUCCCCAGGACAGGAGCUGAGCCAGAGCACAGAUCUCCUGGCAAGAUCUCCUGGCACUUAACUUGGCAGCUUGUCUUCAAAGCGACAGCCGCCACAGCAGGCCGAGAGAGAGCAGCGCUUGCUUCCUUUGUGCAGAAAGCGUAGGAAACCAACCCUUGGGUGAGGGUGACUUAGCAGGAGCCGGCACAGUGUAUCGGCCCAGAACAUCAGCCAUGAGUCGAGAAAUCCACGUUCAGAUGUUGACAUCAGCCACAAACUCACUUAGGUGGCCUUAUGCAAGCAGCUCUUCUCUCUGCUUCAGCCUCACCGCUGCAAGGAAGGGGGAAUUCAGGCCUAUCUUAUAAGGAUGUUGCAACUUAGAUAACAUACAGGGUAAUGUCUGAACCCUUGAAAUGUACUUCGUAAUUGCAAAGUGCUUUUAAGGGAUGAAUUUGCAUUGGAGAAACUGAUUAUCGUUUUAAAAAAUGACUUCCUGUUUGUGGCUUUGGUCUUUGCCAGAUACUCACAGCGGGUGUUGGAGGGAAAGAGGAGUAGGAGGGUUCAUUCACUGUCUUAUUUUUUGCACUUGGAAGCUUGGGGCUGGAUUCAUUACAGGCAAAUGGUGUGUGGGGCUUUAAGGGAGCCCGGGGUGGGAGCUCACAUCUGUAUAACCUUUUUCAGGUGGCUGUUGACUUCUUUGUAUAAAACCCACUAAUUUAUACCAACAAGGGGCAUCUUGUCUAAAACCCUUGGUGGUAACUAUUUUUUUUUUUUGUAUGUGUGUGUCUGUAAAGAUUUGUUCUGUGUAAAUACAGCUUUAUAAUAAAGAGAGAUGAAAACAAUAAACCCUUAUUUUUAGA